UCUAUGAUUGUGGUAGGUUAUCGGAGUUGUGCAUUGUUCAACACCCGCUCAAACAUAAAAGGCGGACUCGGUUGAGAGAGGGGGGAGGACUGUACUUUCUUCCGAUUUUCCCCCAUCUCAGGAAUUUGACAGCUUUGGGAGACUGCAAUGACGUCUCGCAGGUGGUUCCACCCCAACAUCACUGGGACGGAGGCGGAGCAGAUCCUGCUCACGCGCGGGGUCCACGGUAGCUUCCUGGCCCGGCCGAGCAAGAGCAACCCCGGGGACUUCACGCUGUCCGUCAGGCGGAACGAUGAGGUCACCCACAUUAAGAUCCAGAACUCGGGGGACUACUACGACCUGUACGGCGGGGAGAAGUUUGCCACGCUGGCGGAGCUGGUGCAGUACUACACCGAGCAGCACGGCCUCCUGCGGGAGAAGAACGGCGACGUCAUCGAGCUCAAGUACCCCCUCAACUGCAAGGACCCCACCUCCGAGAGAUGGUACCACGGGCAUCUGUCGGGGCGUGACGCGGAGAAGCUGCUGAUGGACAAGGGCAAGCCGGGCAGCUUCCUGGUGCGGGAGAGCCAGAGCAAGCCGGGCGACUUCGUCCUGUCCGUCCUCACCAACGAGGAGAAGCAGGAGAACAUGGACCGCCGGACCAAGGUCACGCACGUCAUGAUUCGCUGUCAGGAUGGGAAAUACGACGUGGGUGGAGGGGAGAGGUUUGACUCCCUGGCAGACCUGGUGGAGCACUACAAGAAGAACCCCAUGGUGGAGAAGAGUGGGAUUGUGGUGCACCUCAAACAGCCCUUCAACGCCACCAGGAUAAACGCAGCCAACAUUGAGAACAGGGUACGAGAGCUGAACAAGGUGGCCGACAAUUCGGAGAAGCCGAAACAAGGAUUCUGGGAGGAGUUUGAGGUGCUGCAACAGCAGGAAUGUAAGCUCCUGUACCCCAGGAAAGAGGGACAGAGGCCGGAGAACAAGAGCAAAAACAGAUACAAGAACAUCCUUCCCUUUGACACCACUCGGGUGGAGCUGAAGGACGUGGAGGCAGAGAAGCCUGGCCCUGACUACAUCAACGCCAACUACAUCCAUAGCUUGAAUGAAGAAGGGCACUGUGUGGACGAGGGCAAAGUGUUCAUCGCCACCCAGGGCUGCCUGCAGAACACCAUUGUGGACUUCUGGAAGAUGGUGUACCAGGAGAACACGCACGUCAUCGUCAUGACAACCAAGGAGAUGGAGCGGGGUCGGAACAAAUGUGUGCGUUACUGGCCAGACCUCAAGUGCACAAAGGAUUUUGGGAAAGUGAGGGUGAAGAACGUUGAGGAGCGGCCAGCACAGGACUACAUUCUGCGGGAGCUGGAGGUCACCCGGCUGGACAGGAGUGAUCCUCCCAGGUACAUCUGGCACUACCAGUACCUGAGCUGGCCUGACCACGGAGUCCCGAAUGAGCCCGGGGGAGUCCUGAGCUUCCUGGACCAGGUGAACCGGGCCCAGGGCUCCUUCUCCCAGGCCGGGCCCAUUGUGGUGCACUGCAGUGCAGGGAUUGGACGAACUGGAACCAUCAUCGUGAUAGACCUUCUCAUCGACAUCAUUAAUAGGCAAGGGCUGGACUGUGACAUCGACAUCCCCAAGACCAUCCAGAUGGUGCGUCGGCAGCGGUCGGGGAUGGUGCAGACGGAGGCCCAGUACAAGUUCAUCUACAUGGCGGUCCAACAGUACAUCGACACUGCGCAGAAGAGGCUGGAGGAGGAGCAGAGGAAUAAGAUGAUGGAGAGAGAGUACUCCAACAUUAAGUAUCCCCCGGUGACAAACUCCAGGCAGACGACGAGCAUCACCAUCUCGCGGUCCUCUUCCUCUGUGACUGACGACUCUGCGUCCGUGUACGAGAACCUAAACAUCAAAAGCCCAAAGAAGUCUGGGAGCGUCAACAGCAGGAGAUAAGGGACAUGGAUGCCCCCCCCCCCCCCCCC